CGCAUAUCUUUCAACCUUAAGAAGGUGCACUACAAUCAUGGCGACAGCGCCCACACCUCCGAGAACACCCACCGCUCGGAAAUCUCUUCCAGGUUCGCCGUCCGCUAUCUCGCCAAAUGUCACUGCCACCGAAUCACCGAUAUCAUUACAGAAGCGCAGGUGGCAGGGUGGAGCUGUAGCUCUGCCAUUACCGGGCCUGACACAACCUGAGAGCAUGAAUAGAGGCGCACCAGUGGCGCCGAUGGCGCCUAUGAAGCGACAGAAGGUUGAGGCAGAGAUCAAGGCUGAGCACCAAUACCUCAGCAUGCCCGUAUCUCCUCUUCAAAAUCCAAACGGCGCCCAGCAUGAUUCGAUCUCACCCUUCAGACCACAGCAGCCUCCACAUCCUUACAUUCAACCCUUUCAACCACAUGCGCCGCCUAUCAUGGCUCAACAGAUCUUUAUGACCGCGUUGCACAGAAAUGGUUCACUUUUCCCGAUAGAGCCUACGAAGAAUCCUAUCGGCUCUCGACGCGUCGAUGCUAUCGCGCAUACCAUGUGGGAAGUGGUAUUCAGCAAGGCAGACAUGAUGGAUAACGUCACCACGAAGGCCGCGUUGUUCAAUCCCCUCAAGCUCCGAGCGCUGGCGAAGCUGAACUGGCUUCCUAGUUGGUGGUUCCUGCGCGAGAUGGCUCUCGGUGUUAUGGAGCAUUCAGGAUGGCUGGUGGAUGAUAGCGAGAGACAGGGAGAAUGGAAAGAGGUGGUACAUUUCUGCAAGAAGGCGGAAUUGAAGACAUAUGGGGACAACGGUGCGGUGCAGAACGAGGGAGGUGGCUUACCCAAGCCAGAAGAAAUACGGGAGUCGGUACAAAAGGUGGACUCCUAGUUGGAACAGCUGGCACUUGACCUCCAGGAUGACAGGUGGAAGCGCAGCGAGUCGAUUAGUUGUCGCCAACGUAAUUCAUGCACGGUUGUUGGGGGCGAAAUUGGAGAACUUGAAACAGAGUCUCUGAGCGAGACAGAAGAAAGGUAGUUGGAUGGAAGACAUCAGUCAGUAGGGUGAGACACCGACGUCUCCCACAUAAAGUCAC